AUGACUUACCGUUUCCACUUAUUUAGCGUUUGCGUCGUCUCUGUCCUCCGCCUCUUGGUUCUGAUCGAGCAUAACCGCCAAUUUGCAGAAGGGCUCAAGACCUAUAAGCCGUUCGACUCGACAUACAACAUGCCGACGCUCGUCUACUGGACAAAUGUAGAAGUCAAUGCUGCCAUUACUUGUGCAUGCAUCAUGACUCUCAAGCCGCUUAUCCAGCGACUUUUCCCUCGGCUAAUGUCCACCGGUAGCCGAUACAUCCACGACCAGUCUCCCCUGGAUAACCCCUAUCCACAGCACCCACAGCAGAAGCAUCCACACCCCAUGUCGGAGAUGAAACCAGGUGGAGAGGGCGCCUUGUCGAGCGUGGACGAGUACGACAACUAUGACCUUCGCGUCUAUAAUGAAUUGUUUCGAAAAGAAGCCGCGCUGCGAAUAUCCGACCUCGAAGCCCGGGGGAUCGAUGGUGGUGGUGGUGGUAGUGGUAGUGGUAUGUCGACCGCCUCGACGCAAGAACGUGAGAAUAGGGGCCGCGAACUGGAGCGAGACCGAGACCAAGAUUCCAUGUCAAUGACGGGCACCUCCCUUGGUGGGACAGUGUCACAUCAACAUCGCGACACGUCGGAUGGGGAUGACGGUGAAGAUUCCCAGCUCAGAGCUCCGCCGAGGGCUCAUCUGCGAUUAUCCAUCCACGUGACAAAGUCGAUUCACGUCACUCGGUCACCGCCCAGCAACUCAGCCACCAGUUGCGACAAGCUCGACGAUGCCGCUGACAUGCAGGGUAACGGUAACCAAAUCUGGGGCGAGCUGUGUGGGGAACAGCCCGGGGAGAUGGAGAUGGGGGCAGCUUUCUCCAGAUUCAGGCCAUCUUCCGGCGGGGACCCAAGAUGCGCACCGCCACGGGAAAUUGCUGGAAGGAGUGGUGACCAGAUCGAGACAGUUCAGAGAGACAGUCAGCACCCGAUGGUCUCGGCCCCCUGA